CGCGAGCAGGUCUGUUUCGUCAGCAUGGGACCUAAGAUUCAAAAGUCAAAGGAGGCCAAGGCUAAGGCCGCUAUGGCCGGUGGCAAGGGUAAGAAGAAGAAGUGGUCUAAGGGAAAGGUCCAGGAGAAGCUCAAUAAUGCUGUCUGCUGGGAUAAGGCUACCGUUGCUAAGCUCCAGAAGGAGAUCCCCAAGGCCAAGUUGAUCACCCCCGCUAUCGUGUCUGAGCGUAUCAAGGUCAAUGGUUCUUUGGCUCGUCAAGCUCUCCGUAUGCUCGAGACUACCGGUCAGAUCCAGAGGGUUGGCGUGCCUCACUCUCGUGCUCUCAUCUACACCAGGAAGAUCACCGCUUAAUCAAGCUUGAAUUCUCCGGGUGUUGGCACCGACGAAACUGUUGCUUGCUUCUGACC